AAAAUUGAUGAUAACAAUUGUAAUAGGAAUAUUAUUCGGAUUCUGUCAAUCUGUUCUUACUUCGUACAGACUUUGGACUCCUUCGUAUUGCUUUGAGACACUGUAAUAGGUCGAAUACAUUAUUUGGACUGUAAUCGAUUUAAAAGCAUCAGAUCAUGACCUUCUAGUGAGUGAGUUCAAACCCUUGGUUUAAAUCAUCAAUCAUCUUGAAAUUUGGAUACACUUCUAAAGAAACUGUUUUUAGAGCAUUAUACCCAAGUAAAUCUGACUGAUAAUGAAUUUUACUCCAAGUAGAAAAAAUGUAGCGUUAGAAGAACUCAAAAAACCCUCUUACGAUCACGAUUUACAACUGUAUCGUGAAAUUCCUGAUAUCAAUAUUAAUUUGGAUGAGUUUGAAGAAUGGGCAAUUGAAAGACUUAAGGUUUUACAAAUAUUGGAACAAUUGAGUUUGAAAGGAAACACAAGUAAUUAUGAAGAUUUUACUAAAUCUGUGGUUCAAGAAAUAAAGAAAGAAGGAUUAAAACACAUGCAUAAAUUGAUAAACGGUGGCAUUUAUAAGGAUUACAAUGAAAACUGUGAUGCGAGAAAAAGAGAUUUAUGUUCACAUUUCAUUCUUCGAUUAAUUUAUUGUAAAAGUGAUGAGUUACGAAAAUGGUUCAUCAACAGGGAAAUCGAAUUAUUCAAAUUACGUUGGACACUACUUUCAAAAAGCGAUAAACUAAAAUUUUUAUCAUCAAACAAUACUAAUUAUUCAGCUGUUAGCGAAGAAGAACAUCAAAUAAUGGUUGAUAGUAUGGGAUCUUUGGCUACAGCUGGAAAUAAUAAUGAGUAUUUUAAAGUCCGCUGGACACAAGUUUUGGAUUUAGUUCGUAAUAGAAAAGUUUACCUCUGUGAUGGAUUUGCUUAUGUUAUACAAACGGAUGUUAUCUCCGGUGUUUGCCAAACAUUUCGGUCAGAACUUUCUCAAGAAUUAGUAAAAUGUUUUCAAAAAUUCAGUAUUAUUAGUGAAGAUGAACGGUUCGGUGCUUUUAUAAAAUAUUUGCAUCAGUCCUAUAUGGGAAAAAAUUACUCUGUUACAGAAAACAUGUCUACUUUAUCUAUUAAUACUAUUGAUCAUUCUUCAAAGUCUUUUCCUCUAUGUAUGAAACGGUUGCAUGUAGUUUUGAGGAGUGAACAUCAUUUGAAACAUCAAGCUCGUCAACAGUAUGGUUUAUUUUUAAAAGGAGCCGGAUUACCGCUUGAACAAGCUUUGGUGUUAUGGAGAUCAGAAUUUACUAAGAAAAUGGAUGCAGAUAAAUUUGAUAAACAAUAUAGUUAUAAUAUAAGACAUAAUUAUGGCAAAGAAGGAAAAAAAGUAAACUAUACACCAUACAGCUGUAUGAAAAUAAUUAUGGGUGCAGUGGGUUUGGAUGAAUAUCACGGGUGUCCAUAUAAACAUACUAAUAGUCAAGCAUUAAAGCAAUUACUUGAGACUUCUAACAUUUCAACUCAAAGCAUUCAAGAAAUUUUAAAUCUGUCUCAAAAUGGACAUUAUCAAAUUGCUUGUACAAAAUAUUUUGAAGCACAUAAUGGUGUAUCACCUUCUUGCACAGCUAUCAACCACCCAAAUCAAUUCUUUGAAGAAAGUCAAAAAUUGAAAGGAUUUAUAGAAGAAUCUAAUAUCAAUGUUGUUGAUGAAGUUUAAUUUACAUAAAUGUAAACAUUUUUUUUUUAUCCCUGUGUAUUUCUUAUUAAUUUUAAUUAAUUAAUUUUUAAUAUAGACAAUAUUAUUGAUUAUGGAUAAUAUUAUUAUUAUUAUUACUAAUUAUUAGUAUUCAUAAUCAAUGGUAAUAUGUAAUAGGUAAUAUAUAUUUUGUUUUAUUAAUAAAUAUUUAUUAUCUUAUUUUGCAUAGGCACUAGAUAGGUACAUACCUGCCUAUACCUAUAAUUAUUGAAAAAUAUUUAACUAAAAUAUAAGUUUUGUUACGGAAA